GAGCGCUAGUUGCUUAUAAUAAUGAUAAUAAUUUGGGUAUUCCCCUUUUAUUGAUUAACGCAGAGGACACUAGUCAGCUUUGUAAAAUCAAUAUUAGAAACUUGUUACAAAAUACUGCGCUGAUAUUUCUCAGUUACUUUUUGAUAAAUUUAAAUAGAAAAGCAAUAAAAAAAAGUGUUGCCUUUAAUUUUGAGUAGUUUAAAUUAAUGAGGCAAGAGACAAACACUAAAAUCCGUCCACCGGGUGAUAUACAACACGGUGGAGGCGCGAUGAUUGAUCAGGAUAUGGCUGGUGCACAGGACACUAUUUAUUUGUGCAAUUUUCGUGUUUCUGUUGAUGGAGAGUGGCUGUGUCUUAAGGAAUUGCAGGACGUUGAAUUUUCAAUGCAAGAAUCAAUGCAGAGAUCGCCCUCGCCACCUCUAGCUAUCAGUGGUAUUGAUAACACUCAUCAUCACCGUCAUAAUGACUCGUGUUUGAGAUUAAAUCAGCAGCGACAAUUCCGCUCACAAUCAGAUUUUAUUAAACAUGAGCUUUGCGAGAUUCUAAGCCCACCGCAAAUUCACCACUUCAGCUUGUCACGGGAUCCAGUAAUUAUUGAACGAAGUAAUUUAGUAAAUAUAUCAAAGUUAAUUGUUAAAGAGCUAAUAGAAACUUCAUUGAAGUACGGAAGAAUGCUUGAUUCAGAUCAUAUGCCAUUGCAGCAUUUUUUCAUCGUACUUGAACACGUUUUGAGACAUGGGCUCAGACCCAAAAAGGGUCUUCUUGGCCCAAAAAAGGAGCUUUGGGAUAUAUUGCAAUUAGUUGAAAAAUAUUGUCCAGAAGCUCAGGACAUAACUUCAAGUAUUCGCGACUUGCCUACUGUGAGAACGGCGAUGGGUAGAGCGCGUGCUUGGUUACGUAUGGCAUUAAUGCAAAAAAAAUUGGCGGAUUAUUUAAAAAUUUUAAUUGAUCAUCGCGAUGAUUUGUUAUCGGAGUAUUUUGAACCAGAUGCUUUGAUGAUGAGUGAAGAAGCUAUUGUUGUUAUGGGUUUACUUGUUGGUCUUAAUGUUAUUGACUGUAAUUUUUGUGUUAAGGAAGAAGAUUUAGAUUGUCAGCAAGGUGUUAUUGAUUUUUCACUAUAUUUACGUAAUAGUAAUCAUAUACCAGGUGAUUCGCCAGAUGAUGAAUUAGAAAAUGAUAAUAUGACGACUGUAUUAGAUCAAAAAAAUUAUAUCGAAGAAUUAAAUCGGCAUUUAAAUGCUACUGUUAAAAAUUUACAAGCAAAAGUUGAGACGCUGACAACAACAAACGCUUUAAUGAAAGAAGAUUUGUCAAUAGCGCGAAAUAAUAUUUUAUCAAUACAAGAAGAAAAUCGUCAGUUAAAAAAAGAACUUGGAAUUGAAAUAAAAGAUCAUGUUGAGACCGGAAAAGCGCCAAUUAAAAUAACAGAGACGACUUCAGAAUUAGAGGAAUUGAGAAGCAGAAUUGAAAGCGAAAAAAAAAUUAGAUCGGAUGUUGAAAAAGAACUGGAAUUACAGAUAAGUAUGAAAUCCGAAAUGGAAGUUGCGAUGAAACUUUUGGAAAAAGAUAUUCAUGAGAAACAAGAUACGAUUAUUUCUUUACGACGACAAUUAGAAGAUAUUAAAUUGAUUAAUUUGGAAAUGUAUAAAAAAUUACAGGACUGCGAGAGUUCACUUAAGCACAAAAAUGAAGUUAUUGUCAAAUUGGAUGCUCGGAUAUUGUCUAUGUCUGAUACCAUUCAAAAAAUGGAUCAAAAGUGUAAAGAAAUAGACAAUGUACGUACAAAUAAUGAAGAACGAGUACGAUCGUUGGAUGCUCAAGUAGCCGAACGUGAGGCACGAGCCAAUGGAGUUGAGAGAGAAUUAAAAGUGGAACGCGAGUGGCGCACUUCACUUCAAGAAGCCUCUGUUUCAAACACUGAAAAGAUUUCACAACUUUUACAGGAAAUUGACCAAUUGAAGAAUGUUCACGAGAAAUAUUUGAGUUUACAAGAAGAGCACUACGCGCUACGUGAAAUAUGCACCGAGCAAGAGCACACUUUAGAAGAACUAGGUGGUCAAUUAAGCGUAGCAAAAUUAGCAGCUUGUGAAUUACGUGAAGCCGUAGACAAUGCGCAAUAUCAAGCAGCUAAUAAUGAAGGUACUAAUGGUGCUCCAACAUGGGCUAAUGAUCGACUUGUUACUAAUUGCAAAGGUUGUAAUCGAGAGUUCAACUUAACUCGUCGUAAGCACCACUGCAGAAACUGUGGAAAAAUAUUCUGCAACUCCUGCAGCGACAACACUAUAGCUCUGCCCAAUUCAGCAAAGCCAGUUCGCGUCUGCGACGAGUGUCACGUUUUUCUUGUCGGCCGCUACUCUGUUCUCACUCCUUAAUAUUUAUAUUUAUAUUUAUCGAUCACUAAUAGAUGCUACAAAUUUCUACACUACGGUGAUUACUAAAAUAUAUAAAUAUUUUUUUUAACAUGACAAGUCUUUAUAAAUAUAUAUUUA